AUGAAUCUUCAACGGAUCCCAUCCAAAGUUUCGCUUGCUGAUUUGUCAUUGAAAGACCCAAAAGAGUUGCAAGUUAAAGAAGCACUAGUCAAAGACAAGUUAAAAGAAGUUCACAAAGAUGAUGUGUUUGAUGAACAAUAUUCUCAAACGGUACAACAACGAGCCGAUAUGACUAGUUUACAACGAACGAUGUCCAGUGAUGAACGACUUUCUACUCAACGAUCAACUGGACACUUCACAGACACUGAAUACUAUUGUACAGAAACAAUCAAUGUUAGUUUACCAGAGAGAGUUAUGCGACAAUUGAAUAAUUAUAAAUUAUUACAAAGAUGUUUAACAGAAUAUAAGAGAGAAAAUAGAUAUAAAUCAAAAAUACAAAUUCCAUUAACUUCUGCUCAACAUAAGCAGAUUGAUAAUAAUUUGAUUGAAACACAACAUUUGUGUACACCAGAACCAGAUAUUUGUGAAAAAGAGAGACAAAGCUGUCAAUGGUCAAAACAAAGAACUUUGACGAGUUAUUUGAGACAAAUUUAUCUGCAAUGUAAUGGAAAACCAGCACAAAAAAGUAAAUUUGUGCAUGAAAUUGAAUUGAUUAUUCAACAUCUCAUUGAUGAUGAAAUCGAAAAUAGAUUUGAACAUGAAGCAAAAUUAAAUAUUAGAAAAAAUCAACGAAAACAUUUAAAUCGUGAAAUAAAAAUUCAUGCAUAUCAAAAUACAUUUUUCGAAUAUUAUUAUGUCAAUUAUAGUCCAUAUGUAGAUGAAACAAUAAUUGGAAAAAUUGUACGAGGAGUUCAAGCAGUAGCCGUCGCACUUGCAAGUAAACAUCAUGCAGAAGAUGUGUUGAAUAAUUUUGUUAUACAUCGAGAACAACAACAAUCAUCUUCAACUGAUGAUUCUUCAAUGAUCAUGGAAGAUAAACUUAUGAGUACAAUGCAAAUGCGUCUAAUGGAUCGUAGUACUUCACUGACUCGUGAGCGCAUGCGUACUCGUGCAUCGAUCGAUAUCAUUAUGGCCGAUUAUCGUCUAACAGGUAUAACAUCAAUUUGUCGUCCGGAAACGAUGAUUAUCUCUUGUAUGUUAAAAAAAUUAUUUCAAUGUAUACAAAAACGAAAAUUAUGUUUGUAUGGUUCGGUAAUGAAUGCGUUGAAUGAUCCAGAUUAUCGUGGUAUUCAUUUGAGAGUUGUCGAUCGUAUGUCAUUAUCGAUUGAUGAGUAUAUUGAAAUAUUGGGUGAAAUGUAUGAAUCAUCUCUAGAAACAAUUGAAAAUUUACCAUUUUAUUUGGAAGCACGAGAAGUUUUGGACUUAAAUACAAAUAUUGUUUAUCCACCUAAUUUAAAUUGGGAACAAGUUGAUGAUAUGGCACGAUAUUUAUUGCGAGAAGAUGCUGUUCGUUAUAUAUUACGAGCGUGUUUAGAUCGUAAACGAGAUGAAACUAUCAUGGAUAAACAACAAUUACAAGUAAAGUUGCCAAAAACGUUGAUGAAUUUAUAUGAACCCAUUAGAAAAUUGGUAACUUUUAUGUCUACUGAACAAGUAUUAAAUUCUAUACGACGACCCUAUUUGACACAGUUAAAAACUCGAUCAAAAACUGAAGUAAUUACAGCCAAUGAUCUGGUAACAAUCUGUCAUCAUAUCUGGUUGACAUCAAAAGAUUUAGAACGAUUAGUUGAAGAAAAAAUUAUCACACGAGAUACUCUUUGUGAAUUUUUUAUACAAUUUCAUGAAAAAGAAGAUAUCGAUGAAAGAUUGAAAAAAAUUCGUAAACAAAUCAAUGAUCAUUUAACGUUACACGGUUGUGUGUCGCGUUUUCAAUUGAAAAUGGUUGCUGAAAGUACCGAUGGUACAAGACUGACUCCAUUUCUAAAUGAAUUUGCUAAAUCUCCUCGUCAAGUCCCGAUUAUAGAAUGUACCGAAGAUUUAUUAUCAUCUGAUCUCAUAUCAAUUGCUGAACUCAUUAUCUACUCAAAAUCGGAUAUUAUUGUUCGAAAAUCAUCAUUAUUAAAACAUUUUGAACAAGUCAUGUUUUUUCGAAAACGCGAUGCAGACAUAUUGUCUGAAUCAACAUUGGUCAUAAAUGAUGUUGAUCUAUUUGCACAUUUAGAAACACGUGUAAGGUUUAUGAAACAAUCGUAUAUCGAUUGUUUAUUAUCUGAUGAACGAAAUGAAUUUAUCAAUAAAAAUAUUAUUGAGUCAACAAAACGUCUUUCUUUAUUGGCUAUUCAUGAAUUCGUUCGUCGAUUUCAAUUGCAACCAAGUAGUGGAAAAUUAUUUUACUGGAUGAAUUUAACAGAUGAAAAUGUUGUUAAAACAUUGAUUGAAACAAAAGAACAUGUGAAUCAGUAUACACUUGAUGGAAUAUUAAACAGUUUCCUAACACGUCUGACAGAUUCAUUAGAGUCGGGCAUCUAUUAUGUGGCCGCUGAAAGUCUUUUUCCGUUACCGGAUGACAAUAAUGAUAAUCACGUCAAUAAGUCGAGAUCAACUCUUACCCAAUCAAAUCGUGUUAUUCAUCGUAUUCAGUGCGAAGAUUUAUGCAAAUUAGGAUGCUAUUUAACAUUAGAUCAAGCUCUAAUAUUAGUUGAUUUUGCUGAUCCAGGUACGGUCAAAGCUGAUAAUUUAUGUUCAGUGAUGAGAACAAAUUAUUAA